UCGGGAACCUCGAGCGAGCUGCGAGGCGAGGCAGUCAGUCGCUCUCAGCUACGACAUGCAUAACGCAUGAGAGAGCUCGAGCGAGAUCUUUUGCGAGCCGUCGUCGUCUCUCCUCUCGCGCGCACACACUCUCUCUCGCUCUCGCGGCCACACACUCGCGCACGGGAGAGACUGAACCGUACGCGAGGAAAGCGUACACGCGCGCACCGCCGGAGAAGACGCCACCGUGAGCACCUUUUACUCGUCUGCUGUGCUGCUCCUGGUCCUGGUGUGCUCGUCGCUUCGCCAGCAAUCGCCAGUAAUCGUCAGCAAUCGGCAGCCGUGGAUUCGCGUACCCGCUGGAGGAUAAACCCGCUCGUGUACCGGUCCAGCGUUCUCGUCGGGUCGCGUCCGCGCCGAAUCUCGGCCCGCGAGUGUCGCGUCGUGCUUCGUUUCCGACGAGGAUCCACGAGUUUUCGUACGGUCGUCAGUGAUACCACCGCCGGUGAUGAGUGAUCCCCGAUAAAGAACCGAUCGACCGUCGCGAGUGAUCUACUUGUUCGUACGUGACCCGGGUUACCCGAGCUCUGGUGUCGGGGUGUCCGAGAGACCAGUCGGGUCAGGACGCGGUGAGACCGUCACCGACGGGGACACUCCCCGGAGGACUCGAAGCCACUUUCGUGGCUGUCCCUUGUUCUCGACUCCGCUGUCACGGAUUUCCUUCGGCGGUCCGGCAAACUAUGGACUACGAGUUGUUCGCACGCGCAACCAUGUCGCUGAUCAAGGAUUUCGAGUGCCCCCGCGAACGAUGGACUGUGCGCUACGUGUGACUCGUAGAGAUAGAGAACAACAAGGACUCUGAGGAUCUCGCAGGAGCUUCACGUUGGUGAUCGUAUAAAGUUUGGUGCGAGGAUUCUAGACGUUGUAUGAGAACAGUGAUUACCGACGACGAUCCGAGGAAGCGCAGAGAGCCAACGUCGGCGGCGAGAAGGAGCAAGAGAAGGAAGAGAGUCGAGGGGUGCCCUGUCGGGGCAGCCCGAUUCGGGUGAUCGUCGGGAGCGUGGCCAGACGUUGGACAAAACAUCGAGAAACAAGAGAGCGGGUUUCGCGAAACCUCGGACGAGGGGAAGUAGAUGGCCGCUACCACGUACAUGCCGAUUGGUAGCGCAGUGUCGUCCGAGCUUGAUGGUGGUUCGGGUACCGGGAUCGGGAUGAACAUCGCCGUGGGUGGCUACUCCUCGAGCUCGCCUCGCAGCGCCGCCGACGCCGGGGAGAUGAAGUACAUGCCGGCGCCGCAACAUCAUCACCAUCAUCAUCAUCAUCACCAGGUGACGUCGUCCCCGUCGCCGAAUGGGCUCUCGCACCCGACGGCGUCGCUCUCGGCGGCGAACCCCUGGGUCAGCCUGCAGCCGAGCAGCGACCACUGGGCGUCCUCGAUGGGGAUGCAUCACACCAGCCAUCACCCUCAUCAUCAUCCGCACCAGACGAAUGCCGGGCUGGACGUGAAGCCCUUGGCGGCGGCGGCGGCGACGGCCGCGGCCGCGGCCGCUGCGGCCAACGACCAGUCGAUGCACCCGCACCGCGGCGGGCCCCAUCAGUCCCCUGGCAUGGCCUCGCCGCAUCCUUGGCACGCGCCGGUCGUCCCGUCGGCGCAUUACAAUCCGUCGGGUGGCGCGGCCUCGCCCACCGCCCUGCAACAAUACCACGCCGCGAUGAACGGCAUGCUGCACACGCACCCGCACCAACACCAUCCCCAGCUGCACAACCACCAGACCGGCCUGCAUCCGAACCUGAGGGACCCGGGCUCGCCGGUCGGUCACGCGCUCCACCCGGGCCACGCGCACGACCGGGACCAUAGCGCCGGCGAGGACGAACAGCCGACCUCCGACGAUCUCGAGGCGUUCGCGAAACAGUUCAAACAGCGGAGAAUCAAGCUCGGAUUUACCCAGGCGGACGUCGGGCUCGCGCUAGGUACCCUUUACGGGAACGUCUUCUCGCAGACGACGAUAUGCAGGUUCGAGGCUCUGCAGCUGAGCUUCAAGAACAUGUGCAAGCUGAAGCCGCUGCUGCAGAAGUGGCUCGAGGAGGCGGACUCGACGACCGGCUCGCCGACGAGCAUCGACAAGAUCGCCGCCCAGGGCAGGAAACGGAAGAAGCGCACCUCGAUCGAGGUGUCGGUGAAGGGCGCCCUCGAGCAACACUUUCACAAACAGCCGAAACCGUCCGCCCAGGAGAUCACCACCCUCGCGGACAGCCUGCAGCUCGAGAAGGAGGUGGUCAGGGUGUGGUUCUGCAACCGACGGCAGAAGGAGAAGAGGAUGACGCCGCCGAACACGCUCGGCGACGGUAUCAUGGAGGGCAUGCCGCCCGGCCACCAAGGACAGGCGGGUCUGCAUCAGGGUUACCAUCCGCAGGAUCACCUCCACGGCAGUCCCAUGGGCCACAGCCACAGUCCGCCUAUGCUCAGUCCUCAGGGUCUCACGGCCCACUCGUUGGCGGCCCACUAGCGUUCGCCCGGGCCUCCCCCGUUGGGCCUUUCGAUAACCUCGCAGAACUCGGCGAACAAUCAUCCGGUGGCGUCCUCGCCGCCGGACACGCUCCCUCCGUUCUAUCACCACUACCUGCAGGCGCGGACCGGCAGCUACUCCACCAACUCGUAGCCGUGGUCGCAGAGCGGUCUAGACGCGACUCGUUCGCGAUAUUCGUGCUUCUGAAUCGACGCGCCCUUUGAACGAAGGGAGCCUUUGUUUAUCCUGGACGGCACACAGCUUGCACACCGAAACGAGCCACGAUCCUUCAAUCGCUCGUGAUUUGUCGUCGCGCGAGAAGAGUGCGCGCGUGGGUGCGUGCGUGCGUGUGCGUCCGCGUUGAGGGAGUUGGUUCGCCAACGUCUCUCGUCGUCGAGAUUUAACGGGGUUUCACGAGGCCGAGCCCGGAUCAUCGGGGAGGCUUGUAACCGGGCACGAUUCGACGGUGAAUCGUGCCUGCACCAGACAGACACCGUCUCGGUAUCGUCGUCCAGCUACGCCAGGGAGUUGUAUCGUGUUCUUCAUCGUCUCGAGAAUCACGCGACGGGGACCAGAGCGGCGCACAGUUCCUGUUGUCCACCAUCGAGGAUCGAGCAUUGUUUGCUCGUCGACGUUUUCCCCGUGAUCGAUACCUAACCCCCUGUGUCGGAAAGUGCGUAACUCGUCCGCGGUCGACUCGAUCCGUCCGUUUUCAUACCCGUUCGUUCGUUCGUUCGUCUCGAAGGACCCUCCGUGGUUUCGCCCACGCCGUCGCCGUUGUCGUUGUUUUGUCGUUUUGCGACGGUGAGAAAAAUCGACGGGGAACGAAAACGAGAAUAAGUGCGCGCUCGAGGGACGUUUUCUGUGCAUCGACGAACGACGGGAAGCCGUCCUUCGGGGAUAAGCGACGGAUGGACGGACGGACGUACACGGCCGUGUAUAUAAUACCGAAACAGAAAAACGAAAGGAACACGCAGCCGGAGGCGAAGAGCGGUGUACGUUCGAGCGGGAUUUGUUCUCGGCAAACCCGCCGGAUGAUGUAACAUAAGUAAAUAUGGACUGUAAAUAAUGUACUAGAUAAAGCUAGUAAGUUAAGUGUGAGAGCGCGCAAGCGUCGACGUUUGUUCGUUCACAUCGUCGUCUUCGUGGUCGUCUUCGUCGUCUUCGUCGUCGUCGUCGUCGAAGUCGUCGUCGUCGUCGUCGUCGUCGUCGCAGCCGCCACCGACGGGCUCAGGAAAACGCGAGAGUGGUUCUGUUCUCGAGGCCCGUCGGAGGAUCGAGGGAGCUGCGAGGAAUCGAGAGAAAAUCGGAUGGGAACGACGCCGAGCGCUCGCUAUGCUCUCGAGGCGCCGCGGCAAAAGUAAACGAAAAGACAUAAAAGAACAAAAAUGGACACGCGUGACGAACGGGGAAAAAAAAGAGAGACGCGCGUGUCCGGAAACGUGUGCCGAAUCCUAGCGACAGCGGAACCCCCUCGCAAAGAAAAACCCCUUCUGUAUAAAGAUUUCCUGACCUCGGAUCAUCGAACGUUCCACGGAUCCCUCCCGGUCCCGCCAGCCGCAGGGCCCGAGACGCGCAGGAUCCACCUCGAGGCAGCCAUCGGCGUCUUCAACCCGGUCCUCCGGAAGUGCAGGGCGAUGGUGCACCGGUAUUUUCGAACAUGGAAACGGUCUGGAUCGUCGUCGGAUUCGAGCUUACAGAUUUGUCUCGUAUCGUCCAGAUGCAAGCGAUCGUUCUUCUCCCAGGGUCCUGUCGUCGCAGCGAGGCAUCGUGUCAGUGUGGAAAUGCAUACAUUACAUAGAAUUACGGUAUAAAUUGUGUUAAAUCAAUGUUAAUCGCUGUAGCGAAGUGGGGUAUUAACAAUAAAUACAUUAUUUUAUGUAA